AUGACAAAAGAUUUGAUUUUGAUUUUCAGCCUUUUACUUUUAUCUACUGCUUGUUCUUCUCCUGAUUCUAGAAAAUGCUUAAAUCCAGACAAACAUCAAGAAUUACCAUUGCAAAGAGUUGAAAUAAGUUCUUACUUUUUUAUGCCUGCAUGUGUUUUUCACCUCUUCCACGCGAUGAAUGUCGCAAACGGCAAGACAGAGCUUGGAAUUCGAUCUGAUAAUCAAGUUCAUAAGAAUCAGUGA